GGCACAUUUUCCGGCCCCGCGCACCUUGCCACACUUAUACUGCGGGAAUCUUUUUCGUGAUAAAAUUAAGGAAACUCGACUUUUGCGUUGAUAAGCGAUCUGAUAAUUGCCAGCAAAGCACCAGCAAUCGGCGGAGAAACAGCAGACCCAGCUGGAUAUAGAAAAUAGAACCGUGUUCCCCUCCGCUCGCCUGCCUUGCAGUGGUAACCUUCUGACGUUCGCUUUGUAGUCGUCGUGGUGUUUUGUUAUUGGGGCAAACUUAUUCCAAACGAGAUUAUAAAUAGGCACGAUGUGUGCCGUCGUGGUCGGGAGGAUGCAAGCGCUAGAGCAGGUGACGCAGAGAUUCUGAGGCUCUCCAGACCCAGGCCCCCGUAAAACCCGGGCGAAAUCAACAAACUAGGUCGACAUUUCGGGCAGAGGCUGAGCUGCAGUCGCUGAUUUAAAAGAGCCAAAUCGAGCGGACCACGGGCCCAAAGCGGAGUCAACAAAGAGGCGGCGAAGAGAAACGUCGAAAUCCAAACCUACCAACUUACCAACGUUUCAACAGCACACGUUCAAAGUGAAGGUCAACGUCACAACGACUCGAGCGGCAAGUCUGGCGGCCGAAACCGAACGACAAAGCGAUCCAGCGUCACCAUCGUCGGCAGUCGUAGUAUCCAGAUAGCCAGCACUAUGUCCGCCGCCGCCACCACCCCAUCCGCAGCAUCCUUGGCUCCUGGCCAGCGGCUGAUGCUCACCUUCCUGGUGGCCCUCUGCAUCCUGGUGGCAUGCGUCCUCAGCACCGAAACCACCAUGCCCACGCAAAACAUGUCCCACAAGGAGCGGGCUGAGCUCAGGGAAGAGGCUCGCGAUAUGUUCUAUCACGCAUAUAACGCCUACAUGGAAAACGCCUACCCAGCCGACGAGCUGAUGCCGCUCUCCUGCAAAGGACGUUAUCGCGGAGUAACUCCCUCGCGUGGCGACAUGGACGACAUCCUCGGAAACUUCUCCAUGACUCUGGUGGACACUCUAGACACCCUGGUGCUACUGGGAGAUUUUACUGAGUUUGAACACGCCGUAAAGCUUGUUAUCCGCGACGUGCAAUUCGACAGCGACAUUAUUGUGUCGGUGUUCGAGACCAACAUUCGAAUGGUCGGUGGCCUGCUGUCCGCCCACAUCCUGGCGGAGUAUCUGCAAAAGCAUGCGGACACGAUGCAUUGGUACAAGGGCGAGCUGCUGGAGUUGUCCCGCGAGCUGGGCUACCGAUUGCUUCCGGCGUUCAACACGUCAACAGGCAUUCCGCAUGCACGGGUAAAUCUCCGUCUGGGCAUGAAGGACCCAAUGCUCAAGAAGUCCAGAGAGACGUGUACUGCGUGUGCAGGAACCAUCCUACUGGAAUUCGCAGCUCUGUCACGGCUCACUGGCGAUCCCAUAUUCGAGGUGAGAGCUCACGCUGCCAUGGACGCGCUGUGGAAGCUCAGACACCGGGGCUCCGACCUCAUGGGCACAGUGCUCAAUGUCCAUUCCGGCGACUGGGUGCGUCGGGAUUCCGGAGUCGGCGCCGGCAUCGACAGUUACUAUGAGUACCUGUUUAAGUCGUACGUCCUACUAGGCGACGACAAGUACCUGGCCCGCUUCAACCGCCAUUACAACGCCGUGAUGAAGUACGUCAGCGAGGGGCCCAUGCUGUUGGACGUGCUAAUGCAUAGGCCGCACGCAAAAUCCAAGAACUUCAUGGAUUCGCUACUGGCUUUCUGGCCGGGUCUGCAGGUGCUUUCAGGCGACCUCAAACCAGCCGUGCAGACGCACGAGAUGCUCUACCAGGUUAUGCAAAUGCACACCUUCAUUCCAGAAGCUUUUACCGUGGACUUCCAAAUACAUUGGGGACAGCAUCCCCUGCGGCCCGAGUUCAUUGAGUCCACAUACUUCCUGUACCGCGCCACUGGCGAUCAUCACUAUCUUCAGGUUGGCAAGCGGGCUUUGAAAACACUCCAGCAGUACGCCAAGGUCUCCUGCGGCUAUGCGGCAGUCAACGAUGUGCGAACUGGCAAGCACGAGGAUCGGAUGGACUCGUUUGUGCUCUCCGAGACAAUUAAGUACCUGUUCCUCCUGUUCUCCGAUCCCCAGGAUCUGAUCAUCAACGUCGAUGAGUUUGUCUUCACAACCGAAGCUCAUUUGCUCCCGCUGUCUAUUGCACAACUAGGGAAUGCCACGUUUAGCUUUCGGCAGUCGGACGAACACAAUGUACUCGACUUCAUGCGCACCUGCCCCAGCUCAAAUAAGCUUUUUCCUGAAAAGGUACGCAAACCACUGCGCAACUUCAUAUCGGGCUCGUGCCCGCGCACCACCGCAGGAAAGCGUCUCAGUGCUCUGGACUUUCAGGCAAGCAAUGCAGAUCAUCUUCGAGCUGUUUACGACAUGGGCAUUACCAUGGUUUCAAUAGGCGACCGCAGCCAAGGCAAGGUGCGACUGUUUCAUAGUUUCUAUAAUGCCAAGAGCCACGAGGAGGGCGAAAUGGGAUUGCAAUUUAUGCAGGAGAUGCUUGAGCUGACCAAAAUGCAAAGCAUAAAUCAGCUGGCGCAACUGCAGGCCGUGGCUUAUGCCACCGACGAGAAGGCUCAGGACUGGAUUGCCCUAAUGGCCGGGCCAUCGCACUUUAGCCCAGAGUUGAUUGGCGACCAGUUCGUCGAGGGAGAUGUGAUGUUGGCCAAGCCGUUUCGGGCCUGUGACGAGAAGCUGGAGAAUGCCGACGAGGCAAAGGGAAAGAUCUUGGUGGCCGAGCGCGGCGAUUGCACGUUCGUGAGCAAAGCACGACUUGCCCAGAAGGUGGGGGCUGUAGCGCUGAUUGUCUGUGAUAAUGUACCGAGCUCUUCCGGCGAGACGCAGCCGAUGUUCGCAAUGUCCGGCGACGGCAAGGACGAUGUGCUCAUUCCGGUCGUCUUCAUGUACAGCGUGGAGUUCGGCAAGCUGUCGGCGGUGAUGCAGCGACGGAAUCAGCCGCUGGGCGUUCGCGUCAUGCAGAUGGUGGAGUUCAAACGCUGGCAACUGGCCAAGGCGCAGAGGCAAAAUCAAACAGUGGCGGCAACACAGAAGCCGGAGAAGGAGUUGUAGUGGACUGCUGCUGCUGGUGCGCCCUCAGUGUUUACUAGUGUUUUGGGGCUACUUACCUCCCUGAAAUGGUUCUCGCCAAAAUAGAGAUAUAUUUUCUAUAUUCGUAACCUGUACAGUAAGCGAUCGUAACUAAAUUUGAAAUUCUUGUACUUUAUUAGACAUGUAAGCACGAUUUAAGGCCGCGAGUUUUUGAGCUCCUCAGUUUAGGGAUCUUUGCAUUUCGUGGUUGGUUCUCAGGCUAGCAAUUGGCUUCCUAGUGGCAAUAUGAUUACCGAAUAGCAUCCGAUAUCCACAUUCGCGUUCAUUCUGAUUGUAUAUUUGGUCCACCUCACAAUUUUUUAGACGGAUUUUACUUUUUCGUGUAAGUAAAACUUGUGUAUAUAAAAAAGUUAGAAAAUAGCAACUAAGGAAAAACUAAUUAAUGAUUAAUUUUAAGAAAAAUUAGUUUAUAACGUAGCGCGUCGGGUAUGAUCGACAACAGAGUAGUUGAAAUUGUUUAGUUCUUAUACAAAAAAAAUAGUCUAAAAUAUACGACAAGUAAUGAAUGAAACCAAAA